AUGGAGCAGCGGAUAUCCCAUGGUCGUGUCCACAAAAAGAAAAAGGACAAAGUAUCGUUCAACGAUCUGACGUGGCGCAAAAAGAAGGAGACCUUGAAAGAGCAACGGGAGCAGAAACUGGUGAAACAGUUCGAAGCCUCCAAGGUUGCCCGAGAAGAACGAACACAACAUAAAGAGGAGGAAGAGGCCUUUGCUGAUGAGAAGCCGGCAGGGACCACGCCAUUCUCCCUCUCCAUCGCCAUCCCUGGAUCGUUCUUGAACCUUGCCCAAUGUGAUGAACUUCGCGCGUAUAUGGCUGUCCAGGUAGCACGGGCGGCGACAAUCUAUCGACUCGAGGAGAUCAUCGUCUACGACGAGACGGGCCGUAUGAAACAGGAAGAAGUGGACGCCUACUGGUCGGGCAAAUGGCAGGGCGAUCUCAAGCCGUCCGAGCGGAACAUUGAGGGCAACUUUCAUCUCGCCAAAAUCCUCGAAUACCUGGAAUGCCCUCAAUACAUCCGGAAACCGCUUUUCCCGUUCCACAAGGCCCUUCGAUCUGUCGGUCUUCUACAUCCGCUCGAUUCAGCGCACCAUCUCAAAGCCACAGACUUCACAGUGCCGUAUCGAGAAGGGGUUGUACUCGACAAACCGUGCAAGAAGGGACGAGGCGUAUAUGUCGAUGUGGGAUUGGACAAAGAGCUCUUCCUCGAGAAUUCCACGCCAUUCCCCCCGGCCACUCGGAUCACUGUCGAAUUGACAGAAACAGGAGAAGAUCGUCGUCUCUACAAGGGUCGCCUAGCCAAUGCAAAACAAGCCCGUGACGCGACGUCUCUUUAUUGGGGAUAUUCUGUCCGAAUUGCGAAGACAUUGGGAGAAGUGAUGGACCGGAAGAAGUAUGAUGUUGUGUUGGGGAUGACACCGAAUGGAGGAUCAAUGAAUGAUGUCGAGAUCAAUCUGAUGACCCGAAAAAGGAUCCUCGUCAUUUUCGGAGGUGUUCAAGGGGUUGAAGCCGCGUUGGAGGGGGAUGAGACGGUGUCGGUGCCCGCUGAACAAUUCUUCGACCAGCUCGUCAAUCCACUGCCCUUUGGGAGCGGAUCGAGAAGCGAACGUGUCGAGGAGACCGUGCUCAUUACUUUAUCCAAUCUUUCGUUGCGUUUAAGUCAAAUGAUUCUU